AAAUGGGCUUGUGAGGAGCACACUCUUCCACAUCCUCUCGCUCUUUCUAUAUUCUUCCUCUCAAUCAUCACUUUCAUCUUCUCUAUCUCUCCACUGAUCCCACCAACCACACUUCCUUUCUCAAUGACGACGAUGUACGUUACUCCGGCGACGCUUUACGCUGGCAAACCGUCAGCCCCGGUGACUUCAAACCUCCAGAGAUCGUCAUCUUUCUUGCCGUAUUACUCGCUGAGGAUACUCGGCAACAACAGGAAGAAGUCCCUUUCGAAAUCUUCAUCUUCCUCCUCUGCUCCAAGAUUCUCCAUGCGUGUCUCCUCCAAGCAAGCCUAUAUCUGCCGUGAUUGCGGGUAUAUAUACAAUGACAGAACUCCAUUCGAUAAGUUGCCUGACAAUUACUUCUGUCCAGUGUGUGCUGCUCCUAAACGGCGGUUCAGACCGUACAUGCCUGAUGUGAGCAAGAACGUUAAUGACAAGGAUGUGAGAAAGGCUAGAAAAGCUGAGCUCCAACGGGAUGAAGCCGUUGGGAAGGCUUUGCCUAUAGCAAUUGCUGUUGGGGCUCUAGCUUUAGCAGCUCUUUACUUCUAUGUCAACAAUACCGCAUGAAACAUUCUUGUUUCGUUUUGUAUUAUCAAAUCAUCUCUGAGUUGUUAGACAUUUAUAAUGAAGUAAAAAUGUUGAGCUUUCUAUGUACAAAAAAAAACGGUAUUCAAUGUUGUUGAGAUGAAAUAAAAGACAAGUGUGAGAUUA